AUGUCGAAACCAAUAAUCCUUCACAUCGGCGACCCCAUCAAAUACAACAUUGAAAUCCUCGACCGCCUCUCCUCCCAAUUCACCAUUAUCAGACCAUCGCUCGAAGAACGACAACGCGAUGCAUUCAUGCAAGCCCUAAAAGACAAGAAAUGGGGCGAUUUCCAGGCCAUAUGCCGGCCCUUCUGGAACUCUGGAGGCGAAAUGGGCCGUUGGGAUAAGGAGUUAGUCCCUUUACUGCCAGAAAGUGUAAAAGUAUUUGCGAGUGCAGGUGCGGGUUAUGAUUGGGCGGAUGUGGAUGUUUUGGCCGAUCAUGGAAUUCUGUAUUGCAACGGCGCAGCAGCAUCCUCCGAAGCCGUCGCCGACACCGCCAUCUACCACAUCUUGAAUGUCUUCCGCAACCUCAAAUGGUCUCUGGUAGCCGCGCACUCCGGGUCCGCCGAACAAUGGCAAGAAGCACACAAAAACACUCAACUCACAGCCUGGAACCCGCGCGGCAAAACCCUGGGCAUGAUCGGUCUCGGAAACAUCGGCUACACAAUCGCUGAAAAGGCAUAUCGCGCGUUUGGCAUGAAGAUCCUCUAUCACGACCCAUACCGCAAGUCGGCUGAACAAGAAAGGGCUAUUGAAGCGACAUAUUGCGCUUCCAAUGAGGAGCUGGUGUCUCAAGUAGACUGCGUCGUGCUCGCCAUGCCCUUUGGUGGAAAGGAGAUUAUUGAUGCAGAGUUGCUAUCACAUUUCCGUGAUGGGUCUCGAUUCAUUAAUAUUGCGCGUGGAAAAUUGGUGGAUGAAGAGGCCGUCAUUGCCGCGUUGGAGUCUGGAAAGCUGCAUGCGGUCGGGCUUGACGUUCAAUACAACGAACCCCAUGUUCAUCCCAAAAUGGCUACCAUGCGCAAUGUAGCGUUAACGUGCCACACGGCUGGUGGUGCGAUGGAUACGGUGUUGGGAUUCGAACGACUCGCCAUGGAGAAUUGUGAGAGGGUGAUCUUGGGACAGGAGCCAUUGACCGCUGUUAAUAGGCAUUUGAUUAAGAAAUAG